GCUUUUGCUGGAAUUCAACCCUGAUUGUUGAGCUGGACAAUGGUCCCGGCUCGGCCCGAGUGUCCCGGUUCAAAUAGUAUCUUCUUUUGAGUCUUGGUCUCAAGUCAUCGGAGGUCGGAGAUGGAGGAAUAAGGUAUCUGGCUCAGAGGCGAUGAACGUAGCCGUCUUGGCCAGUCAAGAACGGGCGGAAACCCUAUUUUGGGUAUCUGCUCUUCUGCAGCUUUUGGUCGAUGCCAGCCAAGCUAUUAUUGGAAUCUACCAGAGAUAGAAUUUUGAAUAGUUGGGAGAUUGAGAUAGGUGGAACGGUUGAAUGGAGGACUAUGUAUUGCAACGGCCGCGGUUAGAAGCUGUUGGGAGUUUCCCUUUUUCCAUUCAUGGCGUAAAGGAAUAGAAUUAAGAGAAAACAGAAAAGACCAAGCUUCCCUGAGAUCCUCUAUAAUUUUCUUCUUCUGCUGCUGCUAAUGGCCUUUUAUUUUGGAGCUUCGAGAACCUUUGCCACUGUAACAAUCGCAAGCCUUCCUAAGGUUCGGUUUCUCUUCCCCAUCGCUUAUUCUUUGAAUAUAUGCACAUCCAAAAACAGUGCUUUCUCAGAGACCGACUACGACAACCUGAUAUCUGAGACCCUUGACCGCAACCCAUGCGCAUUUAUGCAGGGUUUCUGGCUCUCGGAUCGAUUCCGAGCUGUGAUUCUUGACCCGGACUUGUUCGUUCGUGUCCUCAAAUCGAUCCGGCGGAGACCUAGAAUCGCAUUGCGGUUCUUUAGAUGGGCAGAGAGUCAACCCGAAUUCAAACACUCUGAAUUUGCUUUCUGUGUCAUUCUUGAGAUUCUAGCUGAGAAUAAUCUUAUGCGAUCGGCUUACUGGGUGAUGCAGAGGGUUGUUAGUGUGAAUUUGCAUGGGAUUGUGGAUGAUUUGGUGGAUGGUUACUUGAGUUCGGAGGCUUUAAGUAAGCUUCUCGAUACUUUGUUGUUGGUUUACACCAAAGGAUCCAUGACUGAGCUGUGCUUAUCAACUAUGGAUAAGAUGGUGGGACAUGGUUUACGCCCAAAUGUGAAAAAUUGUAACAGAAUACUCAGGAUUCUUCGAGAUGAAAAUCUUGGAAGCAAAGCAAGAGAGAUUUACAAGCUAAUGGGCGAGUUUGAUAUCCAGCCUACAAUUGUUACUUACAACACCUUGCUAGACUCUUUCUGUAAGGAAGGCGAGGUGCAAGAAGCUUUGGACCUACUGUCGGAGAUGCAAGAGAGAGGGUGUGCCCCCAAUGAUGUGACUUAUAAUGUUUUGAUCAAUGGGUUGUCGAAAAAAGGAGAGGUAGACCAAGCCAAAGGUUUGAUCAAUGAAAUGCUGAACUCGGGGUUGAAGGUCUCAGCAUUGACGUAUAAUCCUUUGAUUCAUGGGUACUUUAAGAAGGGCAAAAUUGAUGAGGCUUUAGCCCUUGGGAGUGAGAUGGUGCAGAGAGGUGCCUCUCAUACGGUUGAAACUUACAACACAUUUAUUGAUGGGUUCUGCAAGUGGGGAAGAAUGAUCAAGGCUAGGGAAUGGUUCUCCAACAUGUUAAAGAACAAUUUGGAGCCAGAUAUAGUGUCUUAUAACACUUUAAUUUAUGGUUAUUGUAGAGUGGGAAACUUAAGAGAAGCUUUCCUAUUGUUUGAAGAACUAAGAAAUGGAGUUCUCGUUCCUACUGUAGUUACGUAUAAUACACUUAUAGAUGGCCUUUGCAAAUUGGGAGACUUAGAAGAUGCUCGAAAACUCAAGGAAGAGAUGAUCAAGAAGGGAGUUCUCCCAGAUGUGUUCACUUACACUAUUUUAGUGAAUGGCUCUUGGAAGCAGGGAAAUCUAGUAAUGUCUAAAGAAUUCUUUGAUGAAAUGCUACGUGAAGGAUUGCAGCCAGAUAGAUUUGCUUACACAACCCGGAUAGUUGGAGAGCUGAAGUUUAGUGAUGCAAACAAGGCAUUUAGUUUGCAGGAAGAAAUGCUAGCUAAGGGUUUCCCACCAAACAUGAUCACUUACAAUGUUUUGGUUGAUGGGCUUUGCAAAUUGGGAAAUUUGGAAGAAGCAUUGGGGUUGUUGCAAAGAAUGGUUGAAGAUGGGCUAGUUCCAGAUCACGUGACAUAUUCUUGUAUCAUUCAUGCUCAUUUGGAGAGUGGCCAUCUCAGGGAAGGCAGGGAGGUUUUUUAUGAGAUGCUAAAUAGAGGUUUGUCUCCUACGGUUGUGACAUAUACAAUGUUGAUUCAUGCGCAUGCUGGUAAAGGGAGGCUCGAACUAGCCUUUAUGUUCUUCUCAGAGAUGCAGGAGAAGGGUGUAUUGCCAAAUGUGAUCACCUAUAAUGCCCUGAUAAAUGGUUUGUGCAAAGUGGGGAGAGAGGAUCAAGCUUACAAGUUUUUCAUGGAGAUGGAGGAGAAAGGGCUGUUGCCAAAUAAAUAUACUUACACUUUAUUGAUAAAUGAGAACUGCAAUUUGGGUAAUUGGGAUGAAGCUUUCAGGUUGUAUGGUGAAAUGCUGGAGAGAGGGAUUGAGCCUGAUUCAUGUACACACAGUGCACUACUAAAGCAGCUCAAUAAAGAUUAUAAAACCCAUGCAGUGCAAUGCCUCGAGAGUAUAAUUGUAGACAGUGAAAAAUCAAUCAAAACAAUGACUUGAUAAAUUCAAUGAAAUAGCAUUUUUUAAUGGGAUCACAUUCAUUGGUAGGGGAGAUAUACUUCAGCCAAGAGGAUUGCCUAUGUCUCGCUGCCAAAAUGCUCUGAUGAUGGCAAGUACAUUUCUGCGCCGUUGUUUUAGCAUUCCCUCCCUUCUGGAUUUACUUCAAAAGGAAUAGCUCCAAUGGUCCAUGUUUAUAGACUAUCAAUGGAGCUGGAACCAGUGAGGAGAUGAUCAUGCCUGAACAGUUGGAGUUUAUGCGUGAGGUACCACACAUAGAGACCUUAACUUAUUAUUAUUUUUUUUAAAUUUCCAAACUUUGUCAUAUUUUGUUUGCAUGUUUUGUACCUGAACAGUUGAGUUUAUGCUUGAGGUACCACACAUAGAGACCUUAACUUAUUAUUUUUAAUUUCCAAACUUUGUCAUAUUUUGAUUGCAUGUUUUUAAAAUUUCCAAACUUUGUCA